GACGGCUUUAACGAGUGGUGCCGCAAAGCGCGGUGAGGUUUGCACGACAGUCCGGAGAAGGAAGGACCCCCCUUCUUUGGUGCUGCCCGGGAAAGAAGAUGGCAGCUGGGGAAGCGAAGUCUGUGCUCUUCGUGUGUCUGGGGAACAUUUGCCGAUCACCCAUAGCUGAAGCAGUUUUUAGAAAACUUGUAACUGAUGAAAACAUUGAAAAUAAGUGGAGGAUAGACAGUGCAGCAACAUCUACUUAUGAAAUAGGCAACCCUCCUGAUUUUCGGGGACAGACUUGUAUGAGACAGCAUGGCAUUAUCAUGAAUCAUAUUGCCAGACAGAUUACUAAAGAUGAUUUCCUUACAUUUGAUUAUAUACUUUGCAUGGAUGAAAGCAACCUAAGAGAUCUGAAAAGAAAAAGUAAUCAAGUUAAAAACUGUACAGCUAAAAUUGAACUACUUGGGUGCUAUGAUCCACAGAAACAGCUUAUUAUUGAAGAUCCAUACUAUGGAAAUGAAAAAGACUUUGAGACUGUUUAUGAGCAGUGUGUUAGAUGCUGUAAGGCAUUUUUGGAGAAGUCUCAUUAGUGCCACGCUAUUUUAUUUCUAAAAGGAAAUAAUAUUUAGCUCCUUCUUUGAAGUGUUAUAUAAAUUUCAAUUGAUUGAUGUAUUUAAAAUGUAAUAUUGUAUCUCUGCGGUAAAUCCUAAUUGCAGCUUCUUAAUUUUAGUUUUGUAUUGUAGCUACUCUAUGGCCUAACUCAGAAGAAUUUGGAAAAGUUUUAAAAAUUGUAUUUGAGGAUCAGCCAUUUUGUCAGGCAUCAGUGUAACAAUGUAUUUCAUUCAGAGAUCAGCAGAAUAAAUAUGUUUUAUGAACUCUU